GAUAUAGUAGUGACGUCGAGCGCGAGUUCGAAUAGGGGUUGUCUGCAGUGUAGUAAGGGUGCGUUGGGAAGGCUUCACUCGCGCCCAGACCGCCGGCCGAUAUGGGCGUUACGAGACACGGGAGCACCGCGGUCCCGGCCGAGCUCGAGCUCGCGCGAGCGCGUCGACCCCACCUGUUGAUCGUCGACGACUCGAGGGAAACGCGUGCUAGCGAAGUUGCGUGGCAACCCGAGAGCCUCGAGGACCUGUCAGGGCUCCGCAGCAGCUCGGUGGACUACGCCGCCGCGCUCCUCCUGGCUGUCAUGGCAGCCGUGUUACUGGCAGCUGUCGGCUACCACUGCGCCGCCACCUGGCGAUGGAUCGUGGGGAGGUGUGUACGGAGCCGUCGCGCGUCCGAAGAGAGCAACUGCGACUCCCUAUCUCGCCAAGCCGCUAUACGCAUCAGCCACUCGCUACCAGAUCUACAGACCGAGCCCCUCAAGCAGGAGUAUGUGCAGGAGCAUAAGGAUCCGGCUAACAAGAAGGUUCUACGACAAACGACGCUCCCGAUUGUGCCGACGCGUCUCCAGACCUUCCAGCGGCAGCUCUCCUACCGGCUGGACCUGCCUUCCAUCCAGUUCAGCAUCUGCAGCUUAGAGCGAGCUGAUUCGUCUAUUGGACUCAUCAAGCCCGAGCUAUACAAAAACGAGUUGGUUCGCCAGUCGUCCACCGACAGUGCUGAACUAGAAUUCUGCGGUAAACUUCACUUCGCACUGCGAUAUGACCAGGAAGUGGAAGCGCUUGUAGGCAAGAUCUUCGAGGCCCGCGACCUGCCGAUCAAGGACGUGACCGGCAGCAGCGACCCCUACAUCAAGGUGUUCCUGCUUCCAGACCGCAAGAAGAAGUUCCAGACCAAAGUGCAUCGCAAGAACUUGAACCCGGUGUUUAAUGAAACUUUCCUGUUCAGUGUUCCAUACGAGGAGCUUCGUCAGCGCUACCUGCAGUUCUCCGUGUAUGACUUCGACCGGUUCUCGAGGCACGACCUCAUUGGCCACGUGGUCCUCAAGGGUCUCCUGGAGUCGGCAGACCUGCAUCAGGAGAUUGAGUAUACCAUGAACAUACUCGCUGCUCCUCAGGAGAAGAAAGACCUCGGGGAGUUGAUGCUGUCUCUCUGCUACUUGCCAACCGCCGGUCGACUGACGGUCACCGUCAUCAAGGGAAGGAAUCUUAAGGCCAUGGACAUCAGUGGGUCAUCAGACCCAUACGUGAAAAUCUGCCUUAUCUGCCAAGGCAAGAGGAUAAAGAAGAAGAAAACCACAGUCAAGAAGAAUACACUGAAUCCGGUUUACAAUGAGGCGUUGGUCUUCGAUCUGCCUUCGGAGAACGUCUUUGAUAUCACGCUGCUGGUCAAAGUGAUUGAUUAUGACAGGAUUGGUUCCAACGAGCUGAUAGGCUGCACGGCCAUCGGCUCCUCCCUUAUCGGCAUGGGUCGCGAGCAUUGGCUUGAGAUGCUGGACAAUCCUCGGAAACCGGUGGCCCAGUGGUACCCGCUCAACAAGAGUCCCCCCUCCAACAUCGCGUUACCUACCAAUGACCAUUCGAAUGGCCUGAGCUGCUUAAAUGGAAGAUGAAGAGACGACGACUGUGAACCAUCUCAAAAUGGCCGCUAAACAACACAAAAUGGCGCGUCUUCGCAGAAAGCAGCGCCUUCAAAGGACCGGGAAACGUUUUGGAAUUCUCACGAUGCCAAAUGUAUAGGUAUAUAUGUGACUAAAAUAAGGGUUGUAUGUCCAUUUACUGUAGUUAACAAUUGGUGUUCGGUGAUAUUGAAUCGUAGUGUUAGACUAGGUUAGAUUGUUUGUUACAGUAGACAUGAAUUUAACCCUUAGCGAUUAUUUAUGAUUAGUUUAGACGUAGAUACGUAUAUCCUUUAUAUAUUUUAUAGUUAAAAGCAUAUCCUGAUAGAUAUCAUGUCAUAUCUUUGUCAUUCAACAAAUUAUUAUUGAAAUUUGGAGCCUUGAAUGUUUUCUUGUCCCUUUUGCUCUGGUGGUAUUUAUACACUUUUAUAUUUAUAAACAUUUUAAUAUACAUACGCACACUCUCUUCAAGACUUGAUCGCGUCAUGUAGAAUUAAAUGUAGGUACCUCUAAGUGAUUCAAUGUUGUAAAAUUGUUGUCAGUUGUAACAUACCUGUAAGAAAAGGGUUAAACAGACUUGGUUAAAUGGAGGGUAAGGGGUUAGAUAGAUUCAGGACAUAUACAAGGCUAACUGACGCGAGUUUGUAAGUAUUUUUAUCGUUUCUGUUAUUGGAAAAUUGCAUUUUUUGCAGUUAAAGUUUGAAUUGAGGGGUCUAAAAAAAUUUGUCGGUUUGUGUUGUUCAUACCGAGUCUGUUUGGGCGCCAUUAUAGUAUUUGUAUGUGCUUUGAAAUAUAGAUAUUAUAAUGAAAUACUUAAAUAUUCUACGAUACUAAAUUUUACUAAAUGCACAGAAGAGUUAUAAUUUUUUCGAUAUCUUCGUGAAUGUUUGAAACAUUCUUUAGUGUUGGACAAUAAUGUAGGGGGAAAUGUUGCAAGAAAAUCACGAAAUAUGUUUUUUAUUUUUCACCUAACUUGCACGAUAUUAAAAAAAAUAGAAUGAUAUUCCUAAUGUAUGUUACCGUCUUUUUAAGAUAAAAUCGAAGCUUUAAAUCGUGUUAAAUAAAUUUUAAGAAUAUGUAUUGAAGUCAAAUGAAUAUUAA